AUGUUGAAGACUGAGGGCGGGGGUGUAGGGGCGGCAACUAGUGUGGGUGUACGAACAGCAGCACCGCCCACGCCCCCUCUACCAGACUUCCGCCCACAAGCGCCUUUCAACCAGAUCCUGCCGCCCAUGGAACUAGGCCUACCCAUGGGCGUGUUGGCUGGGUUAGCAGGAUUCAACGGCCCUCUACCCGCCUUCAGCAACAAAGGUCAACUUAAAGGUCACGUCAGGAUCCACACUGGAGAACGACCUUACGCCUGCGGUCAUGAAGGCUGCCACAAGAAGUUCACCCGGAAUGAAGAACUGACGCGGCACCGGCGGAUACACAGCGGGGCUCGACCUUUCCCCUGCCCCCUGUGUGAUAAGAGGUUCGGCCGGAAAGAUCACCUUAAGAAACACAUCCGCACACAUCAGAGACACCCCCUACUGCCCCCACACCCACUACUACAGCGACUACAGCAGUUGAAUCAUCUACAGUGA